AUGCCGUUUCCAGCAUAUCAGACCGUGGGAUACAUGGAAGAGAGUGGAUUCCUGCCUCACAGCCACAAGGUGGGGCUGUGGACACACUUGGACUUCAAUAUAGAGUACAACGGUGACUCUGUGAUAUUCGCCAAUGUGUCUGUGAAAGACGUGAAGCCGGAGCCAUUAGAGGAAGGCGGGGGAGGGGCAGGCCAUGGUGUCAGCAGCGGUGGUCUGACGGUCACUCACACCUACAGCGUGCGCUGGUUUGAGAGUACUUUGCCCCAUUCACGCAGGGCGGAGCGCCUUAGAGACUAUUCCUUCUUUCCUAAGACUCUGGAGAUCCACUGGCUGUCCAUCAUCAACUCACUAGUGCUGGUGGUGCUGCUGCUGGGCUUCGUCAUCAUCAUCCUCAUGAGGGUGCUGAAGAAUGACUUCGCCAGGUAUAAUGUGGAGGAAGAUGGCGGCUGUGACGACCUGGAUCAGGGGGAUAACGGAUGGAAAAUCAUCCACACGGAUGUCUUUCGCUUCCCACCGUAUAAGAGCCUCCUGUGUGCCGUACUAGGGGUUGGGGCACAGUUUCUGACUCUGGCCACAGGAAUCAUUGUCAUGGCGCUGCUGGGGAUGUUUAAUGUCCAUCGUCAUGGUGCCAUAAACUCGGCAGCGAUUGUAUUGUACGCUCUGACCAGCUGUGUGUCCGGUUACUGUUCCUGCAGUUUCUACACACAGAUUCAGGGCCAGCGCUGGGUCUGGAAUAUUAUCCUCACCUCUGCGCUCUUCUCUGCCCCUCUCUUUUUCACCUGGAGUGUGGUGAACUCUGUUCACUGGUGGAGUGGAUCGACUCAGGCCCUGCCUGCCACCACCGUGCUUCUGCUGCUUGGUGCCUGGGUGCUGGUGGGUUUCCCUCUCACCGUUAUUGGUGGAAUUGUUGGAAAGAACAGAGCAGGCAACUUCCAGGCCCCGUGUCGCACACGUAACAUAGCUCGCCAGAUCCCCCAGCAGCCCUGGUACAAACACACGGCCGUGCACAUGGCCAUCGGAGGCUUCCUGCCUUUCAGUGCCAUCUCAGUAGAACUGUACUACAUCUUUGCCACCGCGUGGGGUCGUGAACACUACACACUCUACGGCAUUCUGUUGUGCGUCUUUGCCAUCCUGCUCUCGGUGGGCGCCUGCAUCUCUGUGGCCCUGACCUACUUUCUGCUCUCAGGCGAGGACUACCGCUGGUGGUGGAGAAGUGUUCUGAGCACCGGCUCCACUGGCAUCUUUAUAUUUGUUUACUCACUCUUCUACUACCACAAUCGCUCCAACAUGAGCGGCCUUGUACAGAGCGUCGAAUUCUUCGGAUAUUCCUUGCUCACUGCGUUUGUUUUCUCGCUCAUGCUAGGAACGGUCUCCUUCUGGGCUUCUCUGUCUUUUAUUCGUUACAUCUACCGUAGCCUUAAGAUGGACUGAGUUUGUUUCCUCUCAAGUUUCCUCACAUGGGGAAGAGACUCGUGGACCAGGUCCUCAUGGAGCCCUGCAUGAGCAGGUUUUGUGUUGCUGAAGUAUAUUAAACUAUCAAAACUGUUGAUGCCAAUCUUAAAAGGAAUAGGGAACAGACAAUGUGACUGACUAAAGACUAAUUUUAUUUUGCUCACCAACACCCUGAUACUUACUUCACAUAGAUAUAUAUAGUUGCUAGAUUAUAUGCACAUCAAAUACAGAUGUAUGUGAGAGUCAUUUUGGAUCGUUUGUGCUGAAUGGAACAGCUUUUCAUACUUCAAAUGUUGCUUACCAAGUUUCCAAGACUUUGGAAGUUUUGUUUUGGAUUUUGUUUAUGUAGUGAAUAUGACUAAAAUGAUUCAAUGUCAGUUUCAAAACAUAAGGGGAACGAAUCAGAGGCCUUCAUGCUUAUCUAUGUUUCAUAAGACCAUUGAGGAGAUGAAGCACUUAUAUGUACUGUAGGUGGGUUUACUUGAUGAUUAAAGGAGGAUGUUGGUUAUAUGGAAGGAUAUUAUAAUCUUUGAGGUAAAGAGAUGUCAUAUUGUUUUCAGAGGGUGCAGUAUACACAUUUUGACCAAAAGAGUCGUUUUGGAAGGAAGGUUUAACACGAGCAAGCUGAAGAAAUGAAGAAUUGAUUAUGGAAGCAAUACCAUGCUCUAAAGUCGCCAUCAACUGUGAUCUGUUGCAAUGUAAAUAUACUGUUUUCAAUAAAGUCACUUUUAUUAUGGUAAGAGAAAUAAAUGUGGGUAAAAUGCAACAAUGGU